CUCAAUGCAGCGCUUUUUCCCAGAGUCACAUCGAUAUUCUCCUCAUCGCCGAACGCUCAGUCGUCGGCAAAUAUAAAACCCGCCAGUGGGCUCCAUCGCCAUAGGCACCAGCGUCUGUAACACUCUGUAUCAGCAAGCAUAAGCAUAGGCUGUCACCGACCCACCGCCUCCACUACAACCGCAUCACUAGCACACGAUGGCCGCGCUUCCAUCAGGCAAAGUCACCGUCGUCCUCGGCGCACAGUGGGGUGACGAGGGCAAGGGCAAGCUCGUCGAUAUCCUCGCUCAGGAGAUUGACGUCUGUGCUAGAUGUCAGGGUGGGAACAACGCCGGACACACCAUUGUUGUGAAUGGCGUCAAGUAUGGGUUCCACCUCCUGCCUAGUGGUAUAAUCAACGACAAGUGCGUUGGUGUUAUUGGGAACGGGGUGGUUAUCCAUCUGCCGUCCUUCUUCGAGGAGUUGGAGAAGCUCAAGGCGAAAGGUCUCGACCCAACAGGCCGCCUCUUCAUCUCCGAACGCGCCCACCUCGUCUUCGACUUCCACCAAAUCGUCGACGGCCUGAAAGAAGCCGAGCUGGGCCGCGGGUCCAUCGGCACGACCAAAAAGGGGAUUGGGCCAGCCUACAGCGCCAAAGCCUCGCGCAGCGGGUUCCGCGUGCACCACCUCUUCCACGCACAAGAGUUCGAAGAAAAGUUCCGCGCCGUCGUCGCCAACCGCAUGAAACGCUACGGGCAAUUCGACUACGACGUUGACGCCGAGCUUGCUCGGUAUCGCGAGUUGGCGGAGAAGGUCCGCCCGUUUGUGAAGAACACGGUGAAUUACGUGCAUAAGGCUAUCACUGACAACAAGCGUGUGCUGGUGGAGGGGGCGAAUGCCCUCAUGCUGGACUUGGAUUUCGGUACCUACCCGUAUGUCACAUCGUCGAAUACGACUGUGGGAGGCGUGUGUACUGGGCUGGGUAUCCCGCCGACCAAGAUCGGAAAGGUUUUGGGUGUCGUGAAGGCCUAUACCACGCGUGUGGGCGGCGGACCUUUCCCGACGGAACAGUUGAAUGAGAUUGGCGAGCACCUGCAGACCGUAGGAGCUGAAUUCGGAACAACCACGGGGCGCAAGCGGCGCUGUGGAUGGCUGGAUAUGGUCGUUAUGCGCUACUCACACGUCAUCAACGACUACUCCAGCAUCAACCUAACAAAACUCGACGUCCUCGACAAACUCCCCGAAAUAAAAAUCGGCGUCUCCUACAUCCACAACGGCCAAAAACUCGACUCCUUCCCGGCCGACCUCUCCGUCCUCGAACACGUCGAGGUCGAGUACGAGACACUUCCAGGUUGGCAGUCCGAUAUCUCCGCCUGCAGGACUUAUGAGGAGUUGCCCGUGAAUGCGAAGAAGUAUAUUGAGCGUGUGGAGCAGCUGUUGGGCGGUGUGAAGGUGGAGUGGAUUGGGGUCGGGCCGGGGAGGGAUGCGAUGAUUCAUAGGAAGUAGGGGAGUUGAGGUCGUGACGAUUUUUUUUUCUUUCUUCUGAUUUGUUGUUAGGAUGGACCUUGGGCCUUUUGCGGGUUGUACAUGGAGUUGAAUAUAUGGGUUAUGCGGUGAUUGGGAGUUCUGCACACCUCAGAUGUGAG